AUGUGUGUCAAACCUGUGUCUCUGCUGCGGAGAAAGCAUCAUGUCAGCGCUGUGGAGGUUUGCCGUGACUCUCAUCGUUGUCUUCUGCAUCUCUGUCUCCACAACCUCAUGCAGCACAGUGAAAUGGAAGAAACCAGGGAUGUCCGUCACGAUCCAAUGCAACUGUGGAAAAAAGGAUAUAAAGUUUAUCUCAAAGACAACGGACAUUUCCCCAAUAUUCAAAUCCUCCUGAAGAACUUGACACGUGAGGACACAGGGGUGUACUGGUGCAUGUGUGGGACACACUCUGCAGAAACUGGGCUGAAUGUCCCGGAUGGGGAUGGGUCUGUGCUGUUGGUGGUAGCAGAUCCCGCGGCUGGAGCAGACUCGUCUAAAGCCUCGGCCUGCGGCGAGGACGACACGGAGGUGGACAACCACCUGCUGCUGAUAACUGUGGUCAUCUCAUCUGUAUUGGUGCUCGUCAUCUUCUCAGCUUUGCUUCUGUUGGCAAUACGAAAGGUCACGGUUUCCCAUGACGGCAAGAAACCAAGAGCCAUUCCUCGCAACGACGUGUAUGAAGAAAUGCGAGUGAGCAUCAGGAGAUGA